AGCUGCGGGAGCUGGCUCAGGCGCCCUGUUCAACGUGAGCUUUUGCCUCCUUCGCCUGCCUGCGCGGGGCUUUUGGGGUCUUGCGAGGAGACUUGCAAGGAGCGCGCGUUGCCUUUCGCUCUCCCUCCAAGAAAGAGGCUGCGAGGAGUCCCCGAGGUGCCUUAUCAGCCGGGUCUCCCCACGUGGAGCGACUUUGCGGGGAGUUGCAGCAGGAGCAGAGAGGCGCGUCUCUCUCCAAAGGAGUCUCUCGCAGCGCAGGAUGCCGGCGGCGGCGGCCGAGGGUCUGCUGGCCGAGCCCCCCGCGGGCAGUUUCGUGGACGGGGAGCCCACCACGCCCCCGCCGGGCCCCGAGGGCCCCUUCCUGGCCGCCUGGGUCAACGCCGCCGCCUCCCGGGAGCGCCUCCGCGAGUUCCCGCACACCAAGCGCGUGGGCAACUACCUGAUCGGCAGGAAGCUGGGCGAGGGCUCCUUCGCCAAGGUCCGGGAGGGCCUCCACGUCGUCACCGGGGAAAAGGUGGCAGUGAAGGUUAUUGACAAGAAGAGAGCCAAAAAGGACACCUAUGUCACCAAGAACCUGAGACGGGAGGGUCAGAUCCAACAAAUGAUCCGACACCCUCACAUUGCUCAGCUGCUGGAUAUCUUGGAGACAGAAAACAGUUACUACCUUGUCAUGGAGCUAUGCCCAGGAGGCAACCUGAUGCACAAAAUCUAUGAGAAAAAGAGAUUGGAGGAGCAUGAAGCACGCAAAUAUAUCUGGCAGCUGAUUCUCGCUGUUGAGCAUCUACAUCGUGCAGGGGUGGUCCACAGAGAUUUGAAGAUAGAAAAUCUCUUGCUGGAUGAAGAUAACAAUAUCAAACUUAUUGAUUUUGGCUUGAGCAACUGUGCGAGUAUCUUGGGAUAUACUGAUCCAUUCAGCACACAGUGCGGCAGUCCAGCCUACGCAGCACCUGAGCUUCUUGCAAGAAAAAAAUAUGGUCCCAAAAUAGAUGUUUGGUCCAUUGGUGUGAAUAUGUAUGCAAUGCUGACUGGGACACUGCCAUUUACUGUGGAGCCAUUCAGUUUGAGAGCAUUGUAUCAAAAAAUGGUAGACAAAGAAAUGAAUCCUUUCCCUACUCAGCUAUCCACAGCUGCUGUAAACUUCCUCCGAUGUCUGCUAGAGCCAGAUCCCACAAAGCGGCCAAAUAUUCAACAGGCUUUAGCAAAUCGUUGGCUUAAUGAGAAUGGCAAAGUACUUAAUAAUGUCACAUAUCCAAACAGAAUUCACUUAGAAGACAUAAGCCAAAAUGUACUACUCUACAUGACUGAAAAACUUGGCUACAAAAACAGCGAUGUGAUCAAUACUGUCCUUUCUAACAGGGCUUGCCACACUCUUUCCAUUUACAUCUUACUUAAUAAGAAGCUGGAGCGGUAUUUGGCCAGCCUUAGAAAAUCUGACAUUCCUGAUAAUGUGUACGUGAACCAAAUAUGCCGGAUAGAGAAAUACAAAUCAAACAAGGAUUCCUAUGAGGACAAAAAGACCAAGGAGCAAGAAACAAAAGAAGAGGCCCUCCAUCCACUUCCGAAAAAAUCAGAGAAAAUUCCUUCCUACAAAGAGCUUCCCUCCCUCCUCACCACACAGAUACAAACUACAAAAGCCCUGCUGAGCGAUCGCAGACCUAGCCAAGGCAGUCCAUCUGAAAAAGAUUCUCCAAGUGGAUUGAGUCCUUUCCAUGAAUCCGCAUCAGGAAAGUCCGGUUGUGUCACCUCCUAUUCUUUGGAAUACCUUGAGAUUCAUCAGCCUGCUCCAAGGACCCCAAGGCUGACGAAGCGGCAAGAUUCUCCUCAACAAGAACCCUCCAGCCCUGGCAGCCAGAACUUGGAUUCUCCCUUGGUUCUAAAUAUUGUACAUUCUUUUGAAACUGGUGACAGAGAGGACCAAAUAGACCAAGUUUCCCCCACGCACCAGUAUCGAAUGCUGAGCUCACCAGUAAAUUUUGGUCGGAGAAGUUCCAGUGAAAGGACAUUGUCUCCCCUUUUCCAACCUGGAGGCACUUCUCCCAGUCCCACAAAAAGCCCGGUUCAUCCCACUCACCUGUCCUUCACGUAUGAUGAAAAGAGCAGUUCUUUCCGAGAGGAAUCUGUCUCACCAACCCAGCUAAAUAAUACAUCUAAUCCUCUGGGCAGCCCUAACUGUGUGAAGAGCAGAGGUCGCUUCCCCAUGAUGGGGAUUGGACAGAUGAUGCGGAAACGCAAUCAGUCAGUAGGAUCACCAACAGAGAAGACUCUGGAAGCAAGAAUGCCUCAGCUGCAGCAAAUGAGCCCAACACAGAUUUCGUUCAAUAUAAUGGAGCCUAUAAAUGGCCAGUGCUGAGAUGCCCACACUAAAAAGUUUUAAGUUUGUGUGAACUGCUGGUUUCUGGGACCUUUUCAUAGAAGUAGUGAAGACUUGGUGGUCAUAAUAUUUGCUGUAUAGUUUGUUAUCACAUCUAAAAAGAAAAUUGAAGGGCCACAGACUUUAGUGGUAUUUGAUUAGUGCAGUUAACAAAUAGACAACUAUCUUAAGUGUUGUGAAGACUUACUUUAUUUUAAAGGCCUUCAUAAUCUUUCCGAAGUUGGUACUUUUAGUACAUUUGGGUUGUAACAUAAUAUUACACACAAGCAUAAGUCAGCAAAAGACCAGUCCACCUAGUUGCUUGACUUAACAGUGAAAGCAGAAUCAUAGAAUGGCCUUUUGUUUCUGCCACCCUGGCUGAUGGAUUUUCUAGGCAAUAGCCAUAAUUUCCAUUUCAGUGGCACGUGCUUAGCCAUGUCAUUCAAAGAAAUAAGGACAAUGUGGGUUUAUAAAGGAGAUUUCUCUCUUAACUCAUGUACAGGGAUAAUGAAAAGAUAAGACUUUAAAUAAAAGCACAAACACUAGAAGUUCAGAGCAAGACACUUGCUGAAGCAGCAUUUGCAUUAAAUCAGUCUAUCUUUUCCUAAAAUAAAAUGUUUAGAGAUGCUACUGUUAAGAGACACAAUCAUCUCCAAACUCACUUGACCCCAAGGAAAUCUGGGUAGAACUCUUCUCAACCUGAGACAAGCCAUGGAUGCUUAGAACAAUACUCCAUAUGCUUAAAGACUCUGCUGGGUGAAAAGUGGCCAUUUCUCUUUUGUAUAGUUGUACUAUUUCUAUGAAACUGCCCUUAGGAAAACUGUACACAUCCUGGUUUUAGCAAACCAGCAUUGGACAUACUUGAAAGUGUUGCUGAGAAACUCUGCAUUACGAGGAGAUUUUGAAGGACAUAUCUGCUAACUCCAGUGCCAUUUGGAAAUGGCAUGAAUGGUAAAGCAGUUAGACAUCAAAAAUUCAGUAGUGCAAUGAAAUGUGAAGACAAACGUUUGUAAGAGGCAAACACAUUCUGUACUCUUCAGCUAUUUUUAUUUCACAGUAAAAAAAAAUGUCUGCAUAACGAAGUAGGCUUUUUUGUGAAACUAACUUCUUAUUAUUAUACAGGGUUAUAACCAAAGACUCUUCUGUGGUUUAUCUGUUCCCUACCAGCACAUAUGUUAUGUGUACAGGAUUGUUGGCCAUUGUUCAUGUCAGUCUGACACAGAGACAAUCGAUCACUAAUGACAUACAGCUUCCCUUUUGUUUAUCAUAAUAUAUAGACAUCUGUGUAAAAGACAAAAUGGAAUAACGGGUUAGAAGGUUAUUGAUGGAUUGUUGAUAAAAAUUAUGGUUUUAAAUCA